AUAGUGGUCAGUUUUUUAGUGUCGUCUCGUGAAAUUAGUCGUUCAAGUUGAUAAGUUUUGUACGUCGAUGUGCGUCCCAAAGUUUUGCCUUUUCUACGAAGAAUCAAAAGUUUCAUACUUGCAAUGGUUGACGCAAAUCACUCUAUGAAGGAGAAUGUAGUUAAGGACAGUAUUUCGGUCAACGGCUCUGAAACACCGAAGCGUGCGUCAUGGGGUAGUCCACUUGAAUUUAUCCUAGCGUGUUUGGGUUACGCGGUCGGCCUGGGCAAUGUCUGGAGAUUUCCGUAUCUAUGCUACAGGAAUGGUGGUGGUGCUUUUCUUAUACCAUUUUUUCUGAUGAUCAUGAUAAUUGGCCUGCCAAUAUUCUACUUGGAGUUGUACGUCGGACAGUAUACCGCUCUUGGGCCAUUGAAGGCGUUCCAGUCAAUUUCUCCGUUCUUCUCUGGGGUGGGAUACUGUACCUUGAUGGUGAUCAGUAUGAUAUCAGUCUACUAUAUGAUAAUUGUUGCUUGGACUUUAUACUAUACGGUGGUGUCGAUAAUAGGCAACUUGGAGUGGGGAACAUGCACGAACGAUUACAAUACUGAUUUUUGCUACAGUGGAGAAUACGACUCAAGAUGUAGGGAGAACAACACUGGUAGCGCCGCCGACUUAACAUAUUACAUGCGAAAAUGUAUGAGUAUUGAAGACAUCUGUAUAAUGACUGGAUACAAGCCGUAUAAUGAUAAAUACUGUAUGGACGGUUCUGAGACAGUACCUUGGUACACAAAUGCAACCAGGAUAUUGGCUUCGGAAGAGUAUUAUAAUCAGCGUGUGCUGGGACUAGGAGACGCCACUUGGGAGAACUGGGGAACCAUUCAGUGGCAUCUAGUUGGAUGUCUAUUCGGAUGUUGGGUUGUGGCUUUCCUCGUCGUUAUUAAGGGUGUACAGUCAGCGGGAAAAGUAGUAUAUUUCACAGCAUUGUUCCCAUACGUAAUGUUAACGGCACUUUUAAUUAGAGGUGUAACAUUAGAUGGUGCUGGCGAAGGUAUACUAUUCUACCUGACUCCAAGAUGGGAAAACCUUCUCAGUGCACGUGUCUGGGGAGAUGCUGCUUCUCAGACAUUCUAUUCUUUCGGAGUUGCUUGCGGAUCUCUGGUAACUCUUGCAUCAUACAACAAAUUUACGAAUAACUGUCACUUUGAUGCUGUGUUUGUCUGUGUCGCGAAUUAUCUUACAUCGAUUUACGCUGGAUUCGUCAUUUUCUCAGUACUGGGCUUCCAAGCUGAUAAAAUGGGUGUUAGUGUUGAUGAUGUCGCCCAACAAGGCCCUGGACUGGCUUUUGUUGUGUACCCAGAGGCUCUUCUACAGAUGCCAGUACCCCAGCUGUGGUGCAUCCUAUUUUUCUUUAUGCUGUUUAUUCUUGGACUCGGAAGUCAGUUCGCUGGUAUAGAGGCAAUUAAUACAGCUAUAGUUGAUCGAUGGCCAGUAUUGAGGAAAAGAUAUUGGAUGGUAACGGCAUUUACGUGUUUUGUGUGUUUUCUAUUGGGGCUGCCGAUGUGUUUCAGCGGCGGUGUUUACCUAUUUACCUUACUCGAUUGGAACACAGCCUCAUGGGCAAUUCUCCUAAUUGGUAUCGCUGAGGUAACUGCCGUAUCUUGGAGCUAUGGUAUAAAUAGAGCUUUGCAAGAUCUGGAGACUAUGAAUAUGAAAUUCAAUAUCGUACUCAGACUAUUUUGGAAGACUGUAUGGCUGUUUGCUGUGCCUUUUGCCAGUUUUGCUAUAUUAAUAUUUGUACUGGUGGAAUGGACGCCGCCUAAUUAUGGAAACUAUGAAUUUCCUUUGUUCGCGGAUAUUCUUGGUUGGGCUAUUGGAAUAUCGACAAUUAUAUUUUUCCCUCUCGGCGUUGUGUGGGCUAUAUAUAAAGGAUAUCGAGGAAUGGAUCUCUUCAGACCAACUUCUGACUGGAAGCCUGCUGUCAUACAAUCUGUAACUGAAACCAAUACAUAUGAUAACUUAGCUUAUCUUUAAAUAUAAUUUUUUUUGUUGACAAUAAAAAACUAUGUAGUCACUAUUAAAUAUUCAUACAAGUAUCAUACAUAAAAGCAGGUAUAAACACGCACAAUUAUUAUAAUCAAACAAUAUUACUUCAAUAAAUCUUCUAUAAGGGAUAUAAAAGAGAUGUCAUAUAAAAAAUAGAUAAAUUAAUUUGUUUGAAUGUUUAAGAAAUGUUAAUGUAGAAUUCGCGUAUAUUACAUAUUUAAAUGUACACAAUUAAUGCCUAUCUCAAAGGUUUUUUACGCCAUAUUGUAUCACUUCUUGUCGAACAACAAUUGAAUUUAAUGACUUAGUAGUAUUUAAUAUAGGACGUAAGGAACACAAUAUAUCUUGUAAUAUAUCGAUACUCAA